CGAACAGGCGCGCUCUUCUCCAGGGCUGCGCCCCAAACGGCGGACCAACUCCAAGGGAGGGAAAAAAAAGUGAAGCCCCGCGGAAAGCGGCACCUUUGCCGAGCGGCUCGCCAGCUCCAAAGCGCGGCGGGAUGCUGCGGCGCGGCGCCCACGUUUGGGCCGCCGCUCGGAGGGGCGCGGAGGGACUUCCUCGCCCCCUCCCUCUCGUUUUGUGCCUCUUGACAACGAGGUGGGCCGCUGCCUCUGGACCCACCUACCUGUUGGCAGGUCCUGAGGUCAUUAGGCCUGGAGCAAAUCUCACUAUUGGAGUAACGCUGUUGAAGGCAAGCCCAUCACAUGUUACAAUAAAAGGAGAAGUGUUGUUUGAAAAUAACUCUGUGCUACGUGGGGAAGCUGUCUUCCAAAGAGAUUCACUUGGAACACUUGUCCUUCCAGCUCUGCCUUUGGAGAGUACUCCUGGCCGUUAUGACUUGCAUGUCAAAGGAUAUUCAGAAGACCAGCUGCUGUUUUCUAACCACACUGCCCUUUCCUUUCGGCUCAAGAGCUUCUCAGUUUUCAUCCAGACGGACAAGUUUGUGUAUAAACCGGGGCAAGAGGUGAAAAUCCGAGUUGUUACUCUGUAUCCUGACUUAAAGCCAUUCAAUGCUCCUGUAAAUAUAUAUAUUCGGGAUCCUCGACGCAAUUUGAUUCAACAGUGGUUGUCAGAGAAUGGAAAACUGGGCAAAAUAACCAAGCAGUUUAAAUUAUCUAGACAUCCUCUCCUGGGUGACUGGUCUCUGCAAGUUGAAGUAAAUGGCCAAACACAUUAUCAAGCUUUUACAGUGAUGGAGUAUGAGUUACCAAAGUUUGAAGUUUUUCUAAAAACACCUCUGUAUUAUUCUCCAAAAGAUGCCCAUUUCAAUGGUACUGUCACAGCAAAAUACGUAUAUGGAAUGCCAGUGGAAGGAAAAUUAACUCUUGUUUUCUUCUCGUUCUUCCAUGGAAAAAAGAGCAAUAUCACUAAAAUAUUUGAGAUUAAUGGAUCUGUGAACUUUACACUGAACAGUGAAGAGAUGAAGAACAUUACAUAUGAAGAUUGGAAUCCAUAUGCGUUUCACCAAAUGCCUUUAGAAAUUAUAGCUGUAGUAACAGAAACACUUACAGGAAUCUCCCAGAAUGCGAGUACUUCUGCAUUCCCAAAACAUCUUGAUUAUUCAUUAGAAUUUACUGAGUAUCCAAGAAUCCUCAAGCCUUCUCUGAGUUUUAUUGCCACACUGAAAGUAGCACGGUUUGACGCCAAGCCACUGACCUCUGUGGAAAGAAGGAACAAGGUCAUGGUCACUUUUGAACCCUCAAAAAGAGGGAUUUAUUUCAUGGAGGAUAAGGGAAAUGAAUCACAGAUGAAUGAGGCAGCUCAGAACUUAACUUAUCCCGUUCCAGAAGAUGGCGUUAUUCAGAUUGAGUUUCCCAUUGAAGUGAAUACAACAAAACUGAGUGUCAAGGCCAAAUUUCUGAAAAGUCAUGCUUCGGUAAUCAUACAUGACAUAUUCUACUCUGAAAGCAUGACUUAUCUCCAGAUCAAAAAAACAAGUCAAGAUGUAAAGGUUGGAACACCUUUGGAACUGAAUAUUCAAAGUAACAAACCUGUGCAAGAGAUCAACUACAUGGUGAUGUCUAAAGAACAAAUUGUGGCUGUAGGGAAAAAGAAAAGCUUUACAAGAUUUACUUUAACACCAGAGAAGUCCUGGGCUCCUACAGCAUUUAUAGUUGCCUACUAUGUGAGUGACAACGGGGAAGUAAUAAGUGAUGCUCUCAGUGUUCCUGUUGAGCCUGUUUUUGAAAACCAGAUUAAUAUGCACUGGAAUAAGAAGAAAGCUAGACCUUCUGAGCCUGUCUCCCUCAAAAUUAGUGUGACAGAACCUGAAACAUCAAUUGGACUUUUAGUUGUUGACAAAAGUACAAAGCUGCUGGGAAAAAGAAGUGACAUCACAGAACGUGCUAUAGCACACGAGCUAGGUCUGUACAGCACAACACUCCAUUAUGGUGAAGCCAGAAAUUCCUACGGAGUUUUUCAGAAAUGUAAUCUGUGGGUGUGGACUGAUGCCAGCUUUUCAGAGCACGAAGAUUAUGAUUCAUAUGGAGAUUUUUCAGAUUCUGUUGCAUAUGAUGAUUUUAUGCAUCACAUGGAAAAUACAGUAGUGCCUGCUGGUGCUGGCAAUCUCUAUGUAAGGACAAAUUUUCCAGAAACGUGGAUUUGGCAAGAAAUCACAACAAGAUCAACUGAAGCAACAUUAAAUGUCACUGUUCCUGAUACUAUUACUUCCUGGGUAGCUAGUGCAUUUAUAAUAUCUGAAAACCUUGGACUGGGAGUGAUGAAAAUGCCCAUUGAGUUGCAGGUCUUCCAGCCUUUUUUUGUUUCUUUAAACUUCCCUCCUAGUGUUACAAGAGGAGAGCAAUUUAUACUGGAAGUAAAUAUAUUGAAUUAUUUAAAAGAAGGCACUGAGGUGACAGUGACCCUAGAUACAAGUGACACGUUUGAAAUUCUUACCGUUUCGAAUGUUAUCAAUGCCAUGGGAAACCAACGUUCAGUAUGGGUUCCAAGUGAAGAUGGGAAGACCGUCAUCUUUCCAAUUAAACCAAAGCAAAUCGGAGAGAUUCCCAUCAGAGUGACAGCAAUAUCCCCCGUUGCUUCUGAUGCUCUCCUCCAGAAAGUAUUAGUGAAGGCAGAAGGAAUAGAACAAUUUCAUUCACAGGCACUUCUUUUGGACCUGUCCAGAAGAAGUAGUCUUACAGAAAGUCUGAAUUUCACAUUCCCCUCUGAUGUAGUACCAGGCAGCGAAAGAGUGCAAAUCACUAUUAUUGGUGACAUUCUUGGCCCUUCUAUCAGUGGUAUGGAGUCCCUGAUCAAGAUGCCUUACGGUUGUGGGGAACAGAACAUGAUCAAUUUUGCACCUAAUAUUUAUGUCCUGGACUAUCUGUCUAACACAGGCAAUAUUCAGUCCAAUAUUAAAUCAAAAGCUGUUUCCUAUAUGAGAGAAGGCUACCAGAGAGAGCUGCUGUAUCAAAGGGAUGAUGGUUCUUUCAGUGCUUUUGGAAACAGUGACCACUCUGGAAGUACAUGGCUAUCAGCUUUUGUACUGAGAAGUUUCAUUCAGGCCAAACCGUUCAUAGAUAUUGAUCCGUAUAUAUUGGAGAUAACAGCUGCUUGGAUUGCCAAGCAUCAGAAACCCAGUGGAGAAUUUCGGGAGCCUGGAAGAGUCCUACAUACUGAACUACAAGGAGGCACGAAUAGCUCCAUCUCACUCACCGCUUAUAUUAUGGCUGCCCUGCUAGAGUACCAAACAGAUAAGCAUAGAGAUCUCAGGUUCUGGAUAUCACCAGCUUCUGAACUGUCUGAUUCCUGGCAGCCACGUUCUGUAGAUAUUGAGACUGCAGGCUAUGCUCUGUUGUCUCAUGCUAAACAACAAAGGUUAUUAGAGGGGAUCCCUAUUAUGAAAUGGCUCAGCCAGCAAAGGAACCACCUGGGAGGCUACUCUUCUACACAGGACACCAUAGUGGCCCUGCAAGCCUUGAGCGCCUGUGCGAUGCUUACAGCUAGUGUGGAAACAGGAAUGGAUGUGACCGUUGACCCUUCUAGUGAAGAAGUUCCACUUGCGUUCAGACUCGAUAAUAAAAACCGCUUUCUCCUCAGGACUAAAGAGAUUGCAGCAACGCAGCCAGUAGAGGUUACAGUGUCUGCAAAUGGACGUGGGUUUGGAAUCUUCCAGCUCAAUAUUAUGUACAAUGUGAAAAAUUCACAUGAUAGCCGGAGGCGGAGAUCAGCACAAAGUCAAGAAGCCUUUGACUUGAAUGUCAUUGUAAAGGAUGACAAAAAAGAUAUAAACCAUAUGACACUGAAUGUCUGCACCAAAUAUUUGGGUACAGGUUCAUCUUCACGGAGCGGUAUGGCUCUCAUAGAGGUUGGAUUACUGAGCGGUUUCUCUCUGUCACCACAUUUUGUGUCAGUUAAUGAGCCAAUUAAGAAGGUGGAGAAAAAUGAUGGCAAAAUUCAUUUAUAUUUGGAUUCUUUAAAUGAAACACAAGUUUGUGUUGAUAUUCCAGCUGUGAGAGACUUCAAAGUGGCAAAUGUUCAGGAUGCCUCUGUAACUGUGUUGGAUUAUUAUGAACCCAGGAGAAGGGCCGUGAGAAGCUAUAACUCCAAAGUGAUGCAGAGUUUAUCAUCUUGUACCUUUUGUGAAAAGGAUAAAUGUGACUUCUGUGAAACAGAUGGCUCUUCACUAAUUUCCAUCUCUUAUGAACUGUUAGCUUUGCAUGUAAUCCUCCUGUAUAGUUGGCUGAUCUGAUCACUUGGGCAGCUUACUCAUGUUGCACUUCUAAGUGUAUUUUUGAUCCCACAAGUGGCCUUGUCAACUGAGUCUGGUUCCUGAAAAAAAUUACAUUUAAGAAGACACAUCAGUCUCAAGCUCCUUGCAAGGAACUUGCAUAUUAAGAUAGCUAUAUAUUGCUCUGGAGAAGGGCCAGAUUCCUCACUACAUGACCAGAAAUGGAACAUUCCAAGUCAGAACCAAUUUGCCGAUGUUUAAUCAAAAUGGCUUUCUUCUGCACAUAUUAAUAUUCAGGGAUGAACUGCAAAAUCCUAUAUGUGUCUACUUGGAAGAAUGUCUCACUGCAUUCAGUGAGACUUACUCUUAGGUAAAUGGGUAUAUGAUUGCCGCCUAAACUUCUGUAUUGACAACAUCAAAAUUUCUGGCUAUGUCAGAAACUUUAACGAUUCCUAGAAUGUAAACAUUUGUGAAUUUAGGAGGUCAGAUUUAUUUGGAGAACAAAUGAAAGUUUUUUUAUUUGUGCAUUAAAAUUACAAGGCUUUUUAAAAAAAGUUUAUUUGAGUUUCAGAGAUUAUAUAUAAAGAAAGAUUAUCUAAGCCAUGCAUACAGUUAGAUUUGUGGUACCUUUCAAGCUAACUUAAUAUUUAAUUUAUAAGUAUUACUGAUUUCACUGGUACAGGAUCAAGUCUCAGCUUCAACAAAAAUCAGUAUUUUUGUUGAUCAGUUUAGGAUUUGAUAUGGCUAUCCUUCGCUUCCGCAGUUAUAUUCUACAAGACAUAAAGACCACUGUGUUCACAUGGUUGUACAGUAGGAAAGGUACUGCAUAACAAAACAAACAUACUGAGCUGCUUACAAGCACCUGACUAUCAUUGACACUCAGGUAAAUCAGAAAAAGAAAAAAAAAUGCUGCAGGCAUUCAAGUUGCAAUUUAAAAAAAGAUG